AACAAACUAUUCAUGUCUUCUGAUGAAGAAGAUUCUGAUUCACAAUAUUCAAUUACUUUUGAGCAUGAUUGCCAUGAUGAAUUGAUAAUCGAUUACAAAUUUGUAGAAGUUGCCAAUGAUAAUAAACAAGAAUUCAAUAAACAAGACCAUGUAAAUAUAGAGGUGAAUAUAGAAAAUAAAACGACAAUACGUAAAGAAAAGGGUAAAGAUAAUGAAGAGGCACAAAUUAGUAAUAUCAAUACCAAUACAGCAUUAUCAGUAUUAGAAUGUUCUAUAUUUAAUUCUAUACAAAACCUUUAUCCACUUCACAAGGGUGGAAUUUGUGUCUAUGGCACUGUUCAUAUGAAUUCAACUAGGUUUUUCAAAGAGUUAAAACCUAUUAAAGAUUUGCCUUUAGACUGGAACAUACUUUUAGACAAAGUGGUUAAUAAUGUUUUGGCUAUUAUCUGGAUCGAUAAUGGUCUAAUAACUAUGUUGUCCACUAUUCAUGAAAUUUCUGGUAAUAAUUCAAAAAUAAUUGAUGAUUACAAUCAUUACAUGGAUGGUGUUGACAUUGCUGAUCACUUCAUGGAUACUACAACUGUCAACUAA